AUUGAAUAAAAGUAAUAAUUAAUUGGAAAAAAAUGGACCAAACUGAGCUUAAGGAGUUUGAAACCCUUGCGAAUGCUAUUGCGAAUCCGUCGGCGGCAGGAUCGAGCAGUGGGGAUUAUCAGAAGGCUAACGAGGCCUUGAAUGCGUAUACUUCUGUACUGGACAACUGGGAUAAAAUACAAUCGGUGUUGCAACUGACUCAAGAUCCUAAUGCAUUAUUUUUUGCUGCAAUUUCAUUGAAGAAUCUUUUUGCAGACAAUUGGACGAAAGUUUCAAAAGAGAAGAAAAUUGAUAUUGUAAGCUUCUGCAUUGAAUUCCUCAAAGAAAAAGGUCCAGAUUGUAAAAGAGAAGUACUUAAUGCUGUUAUCAUGCUUAUGGUUAAGGUAGCCAAGCUUUCAUGGUUCGACGACCAGAGUCACCAAGAUUCAAUCAAAAUGAUUCUUGGAUUGCUGGGACUCAGCAUUGGGCACUGUUUCAUUGGAGUAUUAGCUCUUGAGCAAAUGAUUAUUGAAAUGACAUAUAUUAACAAAGGCAAAACUCUCAUUCAGAGCAGAAGAAUCUCGGUCAGUUUUAGAGACAAGUUUCUACUUUCUAUCUUUGGAACAGUGAUAUCCCUUUUGAAUGAGCUUCAGCCAAAAAUUUCUGCUAAUAAUUCUGGGCCUGACUCAGAAAUUAUCAGACAGGCUUUGUUCCAUUGCUGCUCAUUGGCUCACAAAUGCUUGAACUUUGAAUUUCUUGGAGUUCUAUUAGAUGAAACAAUUUUAGAAUCAAUUGGAACCCAUUUUCCGUUAAGUUGGAGAGACACAAUAGAAAACUUUGACAACACAAAAGCCUUCUUUGCUAUAGUUCAAACUCCCACACUUACAGAAGACACUUACAUUUUGGCUCUUCAAUCUCUGGGAGAAUUAGCCAGCUGAAGAAUCACUAUUUUUGAAAAUGCAACUAAAAGGAAAGAGUUUGUCCAUAAUUUUGCAAGAAGUCUCAGCGAGCUAAUUAAGAACCAAUCAGAGUUUUUCUGAUCUUCAAGAUCAAUAUCAAGGCACUACAUCAAACUAUUCCACAAGUUUGAAAUGAAUUUUCAAGUCCGUUCUUUUGGUCCUAAAAGUGAUGAUGGAAAGCUGGCCUUGCGUAACUACUUGUCUGAUCUAGCUGAGUUCACUAUUCUUGUCAUCAAGAGCGGACAGAGUUAUCUAAGAGAAAUUGCCAUAUAUUUGCUUGCGACUUGGAACAGAAUCAACAUUGAAGCAAAGAGCGAGCCUGGUAUUUCCACAAAGAUCCAAGAAAUUGUAGUUACUUUUAUAGAACAAAGUAUUUCUGAUUUGAGUGACGACCAAGAGGAAGAAGAUGAUGAACACUUCAACGAGAAAGAACUUAAAAAUCUCACACAACGAUUUGAGACUAUAGCGAUCACCUGCGAUAUUCAUAUUAGUCCUGUUUACAACUGUUUAAACGAAGGGCUAACUUUCUUGAUGGAGAGAUACUCUCAAGAGCUCGAGAACAACAACCAAGAACUUCUUGAACUUAUUGAAAAGAGAUUCGCUUGGGUUAUCAGAGUAGUCUGAGCAAUGAUGAAUCGAGGGUUUGCGCCAAAGUACCCUGCUCCAGAUUCUAAUGAGCCAAAACCUGAAGGACAGGAUGAAUGAGAUGCUUGAAUAAAAAUCAUUGAUAUCAUCAAAAAGAAUGUAGAACUGAAUCUUAGCCAAACUCACAAAAUGAGCGAAUUAUUCGAGUUAGCAGCACUUAGUUUCAUGUCAAUAUUCAGAUCUAGCAUCUUAUGAGACGCUAGAGUUAUUGCAAAAUGAAUAUCUGAAGAUCAAGAGGAAACCACUUUUAAUACAGGAUGAAGUUACUUAAGGAUAGCAGGAAUCUUUGACUCUAAGGACAUUCUCGGAGUUGUUGAGAUAUUCUUCAAGAAAAUUAUCCUAAACUUGUUCACUGAGUCAAAGCCUAUUAUCGAACAAAAUAUUUCCAUGAUGAAUACUUUCGUACAAUCAAGUGAAACUAGAAAGUACUUGAUGGCUCUAGAAACUACUCAAGACUUGAUGGAGAACCAUUUUACAAAAUAUGCUGUCUUAAAUACUCUAGAGACUGUGAUAUACCUCAGAAAAUUUUACAAAGUGCUUAGUAUAUUUUGGGAAGUAAAUGAUCAUGUUGAUAAUUUCUACAAUUAUAUGAAACCAGUCACAGAGUUCAUCCGAAACUUGCUUGAGCAAUCUCCCUCAGACCUAGCACUGAAGAAAGAAGACAUUUUAAGAGCCUUAGAGAUUUUGAAUGGAGUUUCAUGUGGGUUCAAGCAACCAGAGGCUUUCAACAAGUUUUACAUUUGGUUCAACCAAGGCCCAAGCAAGAUCAUACAUUUGGUAUUCGAGAAUUUUUGUGACGAUAAAAUUAUUCUAAAGAGUGCUUUCAGGUUGAUGAAAAGUCUGCUUGAUAACUCCUCUUCUAGAUUCAAACCCCAAUUCUGUUACAUCAAUGGGUUCAUGAUGUUCAAAGAGUUUUCGGAAAUAAUAAUGCAAUAUUUCAAUUACGUCAACAUGUACAUCGGAGUGCAGAUUACUGGAGAUAAGUAUGAUGACAAGUAUGAAUUCAUUAACCUUGGCAUCUGAAUUCUUGGAAACCUGAUUGCAGGCAACUACAUCAAUUUUUCAAUUCUGGAAUACUACAAUGACACUACUUUUAUUGACUUGUGUAAGGUGAUUAUGACCUUGAUCACCACUCAGGACCAUGGAGAACUCGCUUCAUUUAAAAGUUUGUGCAAAAAUAGUUAUAAAAUAAUGGAAGAUUUCUUGAAGCAUCAUUCUGAUAUGAUGGUCAGACACUUUGAACCCUCACUCACAAUCAAAGUGAUCGAGUUCAUUCUUCUUGGACUGAUGACUGAAAAUAAUAAUAAGGGAAGAUGCUGUAAUGCUUUGAGAGAUUUGAUCUCUCAUAUUUAUGCUUCUCGGAAUAUCUUAUUGAAAGAGAUUGAAGAAAUUCUUAAAAUUGAAGAACCAAUUUUUAAAGAAAUCCUCAAAACUCUUUUGACAACUGUUAUUUAUGAAGAACAUAAAGUAAUUUGGGUAUUUCAAAAACCCUUGUUUCCAACUAUCGUCCUGAAUGGAAGAGAAAAUUAUGAAAUUGUUAAGAACGAAAUAAUCUCUAAUGAAACAAGCCCAGAAUUAAGAUCCAAAAUAGACGAAGAACUAUCUCAACUAUGCAAUGACGUAUUCAUCGACUCUAGCAUCGACUACGAGCAUGGCUCUCCUAACGAAAUCAGCCUAAGCAAGGCCAACAAAGACAAAUUCACUACCAACUUCUCAAGGUUUAAAAACAGUUUAAUAAAGUUCAAAUAA